AGAUUCCACCAACAUCCUGGGCAAGAUCACAUUUCACAGGUAGGGCCAAGACUGAUGUCUUAUUGAAUAACAUGUGUGAGUCAUUCAACAACCAGCUUGUAAAGGGGAGGGACAAACCAAUAAUCACCUGUCUUGAGUUUAUCAGAGAAUAUCUGAUGAAAAAAAUUGUUGUGGUUCACAAAGUAAUAGCUAAAAGUAAUGGACCUUUGACUCCAUAUGCUACAAGAGUGUUUGAUGAAAUCAAGGCUGAUGCAAGUCAGUAUUCAGUGAUGAUGGCUGGUAGGGGUAGAUUCCAGGUUACUGGUGGAUAUGCUGAUCAGUGCAAGGUAGAUGUUAAUGAGAGAACCUGCACAUGCAGAAAGUGGCAGUUAACAGGUAUGCCAUGUAAACAUGGUGUAGCUGCCAUAUGGGAUAUGGCAAGGAAUGGUAUGAAUGUAGGUGUUUUAGAGUCAUGGGUUGAUAAGGUCUAUUGGCUUCAAACAUGGAAGGAUGUUUACAUGCACACAAUUGAACCUAUCAGUGGGAGAGAGUACUGGACACCUUCACAAUGCCCAACAACCCUUAUCCCUCCAAUUCAUCAUACUCCAGUUGGAAGGCCCAAGAAGAAAAGGAAGAAGUCAGAGGUGGAGAUUUCUGAGCUUAUGAUAGACAAGAAGGGGAAAAUGACAAGGCAAGGAGUGCCUAAAACUUGCAAGAAAUGUGGGAAUGUUGGGCAUAAUAAAAGGAGCUGCAAGGGUCAGGGUGCAACUCAAGCUCAGAGUCAAACAACAUCUCAACCUCAGGGUCAAACUGCAGGUCAAGGUCAGUCUCAAACAACCAAUGCUGGAAGAGGUGGGAGGGGUGGAACAGGGGCAAAGGCUGGAAGAGGUGGCAGGGGUGGAAGAGGAGCCAAGGCUGGUAGAGGUGGCAGGGGUGGAAGAGGAGCCAAGCCUAGUCAAACUGCUUCACAAACUGCUGAUCUUUAGACUGUUACCUUGUUAGCUUUUGUAGUGUUUGAAGUGUCUUUUGGUUUAGUAUGUAAUGUUAUGCUACUUUAUGUAAUGUUUGGUAACUUUAUGUAACUUAACUAAGUGCUGAUCUUUUGGUAACUUAAC